AUGGACUUCUACCACGCAAUUCUAGUCGCCUACUAUGCCGCCGUUGAGGAAUCUGACGUAGCCAAGGGCGCUCAGCGUCCGGACAAUUACCUCCAACAGACGGGAGCGAGAAUGGCCCCGUCGCAUAUCCGACAUUGCUUCGACUAUCUUCGACAGGCGUUGAUGUGUGCGGCGGAUACUAAUAUGGAGGUGUUGGAUCCUGAAACGCAUACGACGAGUGGAUGGGGGCAGGGCAAGCGGUGUCGAGACUAUGAUGAGGUCGUGAUGUGGGCGGAGAAGUGGGCAAAUUCGACGGAUACGGGGAUUGUUGCUUAG